CGUCCGCGGGGACGAUGGCGGAGGAAGAAGGACCAACUAUAGAACUGCGCCAAAGAAAAAAGCCAAAGUCUUCAGAAAAUAAAGAAUCUGCCAAAGAAGAGAAAAUCAACAAUACUGCAAUUCCUGAAAGAGUUCCAAAACAUAUAUUAUUUCAGUGCUUUGCAAAGAUAUUCAUUGGCUGUCUUGCAGCAGUUACUAGCGGUAUGAUGUAUGCUCUCUAUUUAUCAGCAUACCAUGAACGGAAAUUCUGGUUUUCCAACAGGCAGGAGCUUGAACGGGAAAUCACAUUUCAGGGUGAUAGUGCCAUUUAUUAUUCUUAUUAUAAGGAUAUGUUAAAGGCACCUUCAUUUGAAAGAGGUGUAUACGAACUGACACACAAUAACAAAACUGUAUCUCUGAAGACUAUAAAUGCAGUGCAGCAAAUGUCUCUAUAUCCAGAACUUAUUGCCAGCGUUUUAUAUCAAGCAACUGGUAGCAAUGAGAUUAUUGAGCCAGUAUAUUUCUAUAUUGGCAUUGUUUUUGGAUUGCAAGGAAUAUAUGUCACUGCUUUAUUUGUUACAAGUUGGCUUAUGAGUGGAACUUGGCUAGAAGGAAUGCUAACUGUUGCAUGGUUCAUUAUUAACAGGGUAGAUACGACAAGAAUUGAAUACUCCAUUCCUUUAAGAGAAAACUGGGCACUACCAUAUUUUGCAUGCCAAGUUGCUGCACUUACAGGCUAUUUAAAAAGCAACUUAAAUUCUUAUGGAGAGAGGUUUUGCUACUUGUUGAUGAGUGCUUCAACUUACACAUUUAUGAUGAUGUGGGAGUACAGCCACUAUCUCUUGUUUCUUCAAGCAAUAUCUCUCUUCUUGCUAGAUAGUUUUUCACUGGAGCAGAGUGAAAAGGUUCAUGAAGUUUAUAAAAUCUAUAUAUUUUCUCUCUUUCUGGGAUAUUUACUGCAGUUUGAGAAUUCAGCUUUAUUGGUAUCUCCUUUAUUAAGUUUUGUAAUAGCCUUAAUGCUUGCUAAGUGCCUUCAGCUGAAUGUGAAGAAAGGAACUUUCGUGGCUAAAAUAAUGAAAGUGAUUAAUUUUUACUUGGUGUGUACUCUGACAGUGACAUUGAAUAUUAUAAUGAAAAUGUUUGUCCCACACAAAGAAAAUGGACAUAUGCUGAAAUUCCUUGAAGUAAAAUUUGGACUAAAUAUGACUAAGAAUUUUACAAUGAAUUGGCUCCUAUGUCAAGAAUCCCUUCAGGCACCAUCUCAAGAAUUUUUUUUGCGAUUGACACAGUCUUCUUUAUUACCUUUCUAUAUUUUAGUGUUAAUUACUUGUUUUCUUUCUGUGAUUCAGGUUGUUUUUAGGAGAAUUAAUGGUAAGUCCCUGAAAGAAACUAUUACGCUUGAAGAUGGACAAAUUGGAGAAAGGCCAGAAAUAAUUUAUCACGUGAUUCACACUAUUUUAUUGGGCUCUCUUGCAAUGAUUAUAGAAGGCUUGAAAUACCUCUGGACUCCUUAUGUGUGCAUGUUAGCAGCAUUUGGUGUAUGUUCUCCUGAACUUUGGAUGACACUUUUCAAGUGGCUUCGAUUACGAACUGUACACCCAGUAUUGUUGGCUCUCAUUCUGAGCAUGGCUGUCCCUACCAUAAUAGGUGUCAGCUUAUGGAAAGAGUUUUUUCCAAGAUUAAUGACAGAAUUAAUGGAACUACAAGAAUUUUAUGACCCAGAUACGGUGGAACUUAUGACCUGGAUAAAAAGGCAAGCUCCAGUCGCAGCUGUUUUUGCAGGAAGUCCACAGUUAAUGGGUGUGAUUAAAUUAUGCACUGGAUGGAUGGUGACAAGCUUGCCUCUUUACAAUGAUGAUGAUCUUCUCAAGAGAAAUGAAAAUAUCUAUCAAAUCUAUUCAAAGCGAUCUGCUGAGGAUAUUUAUAAAAUACUGACAUCCUACAAGGCUAAUUACCUAAUUGUAGAAGAUGCUAUCUGCAAUGAGGUGGGAACCGUGAGAGGCUGUAGGGUUAAAGAUUUAUUAGACAUCGCAAAUGGCCACGUGGUUUGUGAAGAAGGUGACAAGAUAACCUAUUCAAAACAUGGGAGAUUUUGUCAUGAGGUCAAAAUUAACUAUUCUCCUUAUGUGAAUUAUUUCACUAGAGUAUACUGGAACAGAUCCUACUUUGUGUAUAAAAUCAACACUGUGAUAUCCUUUCAGUCUUGAAAAACAGCAGAGCCUUCAUUUCAAAGACUUAUACCACCUGAAGUAAAAUGCAAUUUUCUUCUACCUACGUGGUAUCUUUUGGAAAUCAGAGUAUGGACUUUUGAAAUGUUGCUGCUGCUUUUCCCCUCCUGC